UCACCCAUUAAACUUUGAGUCGUGAACGCGGCGCAGGCAUCUCCAUGCUUUGACAAAUUCGGUUUUCUAUACUUGACAUUACAUUUGUUUUAAUCCACUUUCUGCACAGAAAAAAAGUCCUAAAAUAAGGAGGAUAUUACACUGAAACAGGUAAUAUUUGAAUAGGGCUCUGUUAAUUUGUCAGCGUGGCGUGAACAUGACUGAGGUAGCACAAAAUAUUGCUGAUGUCGCACACGACAUGACUGAUGUUGCACAUGAUAUGUGUGAUGAAGCACACAAAAUGAGUGAUAAAGAGAACAACGACAACAUGAACGAGUUGCAUGGCCAUGUGGCACACAAAGAGGACAAUGUGGAACACGACAAGCAUGAUUUGGCACACAAAGACAAUGAGGCAUACAAAAAUAACGAUGUGUCCCAUGACGAACAUGAUGCGGCACAGGAAAAGAAUGAGGCGCACAGCGACAAUGAGGAAGAAGUUCACACCGAAGAGGAUGAGGUUCACACAGAGCCCGAGGAAGAGGAGGAGGAAGAAGAUGAGGCACACGACAGGAAUGAUGUGGAGCACAAAGAAAAUGAUACAGUUAAGGACAAGGCAAGGCAAAGUUCAAGAUCUAGGAAGAACAAGAACGAUGUGGCACAAAAUGGAGUGGCACAUGACAUGAACGAUGAGUCAGAGAAAGAAGAGAAGGACCAGUCACAGAACGAAUCUGAGGUAGCUCUGAAACAAAAGAGACUUCUGCGCUCCAAAAAGCCGGUGGCCAGGAGCUACGUGCCCCAGAUCGGUAAGGCUGAUGUGAAGAACAAGUUUGAGGCCAUGCAGAAGGCCAGGGAGGAGCGCAACAGUAGGAGGAGCCUAGAGGAGCACCAGAAAAGGAAGGAGCAGUACGUCAAGGAGAGAGAAUACAACCGCAGGAAGCAACAGAUAAAAGAACUACUUGCCUCCAGUGAUGAGGAGGAGGAGGUGAAGCCGGCCAAGGUAGAGAAAUCCUACGUCCCCAAGAUCACAGGCAGUGUGAAGGGGAAGUUUGCCGAGAUGGAGAAGCAGAGACAAGAGGAGGAGAGGAAGCGGAUGGAGGAGGAGAGGAAGAAGCGCGCCGCCCAGGACAUCAUGGAGAAAGCGAAGAUGCAGAAGGAGCUGGCCAAGAAAGCCGCAGAGGAGGGAGAUGACACCAUCCUGGUCCGUGUGGUGCCGGCAAAGCUGUCACGACCUCCAGGCAGGAUCAAGAUGAACUUUGAGGACCUGGAGAAGAACCGCGAGGAAGAGCAGAAGAAGAGGACAGAGGAGGAGAAGAAGAAGCGCUACAACGAGAACAGGCUCUCCUUUCGCGAGGCCAAGAGGAGCUCGGUUGUUCAGGACGAGGACGAGGAACAGCCCACAGAGAAGGAGCAGGUGACUCCUGGGAAGCUAAAAAUGACGUUUGAGGAGGCUGAGAAGGAGAGGCAGGAAUGCCUGAGAAAGCAGGCAGAGAGGGAGGCUAAACGACGUCUGCAGGACGAGAAGAAAGCCUUUGAGGAGGCCAAGCUGGAAAUGGGAGAAGAUGAGGAGGACUCACAAGGAGCUCAAGGCGAGAGAGACAUCAUCCAGCCUGGUAAACUUAGGUUGAGCUUCGAGGAGCUUGAGAAACAGAGGGUAGAGAAUGAACGCAAAGCAGCAGAGGUUGAAUACAAGAGACGAAUGGAAGAGGAGAGGAAGGCUUUCGCCGAGGCCAGGAAAAGCAUGAUAGUGGAUGAUGAUGAUGAGGUGUUGAUGGCCAUGCUGAACCUGGAGGGCAGCAAGCCAGGGAAGCUGUGUGUCAGCUUCGAGGACAAGGAGCGUCAGAGGAGAGAGGCGGAGGAGAAGAAAGCGGAGGAGGAGGCCAAGAGGAGGCUGGAGGAGGAGAAGAGGCUCUUUGCAGAAGCCCGCAAGAAUAUGGUGCUAGAUGAGGACGAGGACGGAAUGGUCAAGAGCGACUCCCAGGAAGCAUUGCACCCUGGAAAACUGGAGAUGAACUUUGAAGAGCUGCUAAAGCAGAAGGAGGAAGCCGAUAGGAGGUGCAAAGUGGCGGCGCGCAAGAAGAAAAUGGAGCAGGAGAAACAGGAGUUUGAACAGCUCAGACAAGAGAUGGGAGAGGAUGUGGUGAAUGAGAGCUCUGAUACAGUAAGUAAGGAGUAUGAGGAGCUGAAGAAACUCAAGAGGACCGGCUCGAUCCAGGCCAAGAACCUCAAGUCCAAGUUUGAGAAGAUCAAGCAGUUGAAAGACGAGGAGGUCCAGAAGAAGAUUGAGGAUGUGAGAGCAAAGAGAAAGGCUGUAGAUGAGGAAAUCAAAGAGAGGGAAGAAGAGAGGAUCCAGGAGGAUGAUGAUGAAGGCAAAAAGGACAGAGAGAAAGGGGCUGAGGAGGCUCCGUUCAGACAGAAGGUUGACAUGCGCGCACGGUUUGAACAAAUGGCCAGAGCCAGAGAGGAGGAGGAGAAGAAGAGGGUGGACGAACAGAAGCUUCAGAGGAUGCAGUUCGAACAGCAAGAGAUUGACGCCGCUCUCCAAAAAAAAAGGGAAGAUGAGGAGGAGGAAGAGGGAAGCAUCAUCAAUAGCUCGGCAGCCUAUGAGGAUGAGGAGGACCACGCCAGGUCAGGGGCUCCGUGGUUUAAGAAGCCCCUGAAGAACCAAUCGGUGGUGGAUGCCGAGCCAGUGCGGUUCACGGUGAAGAUCACCGGGGAGCCCAAGCCGGAGGUGACCUGGUGGUUUGAGGGGGAGAUGCUCCAGGACUGUGAAGACUAUCAGUACAUAGAGAGAGGAGAGACAUUCUGCCUCUACCUGCCAGAGACCUUCCCAGAGGACGAAGGAGAGUACAUGUGCAAGGCUGUCAACAGCAGAGGCACCGCCGCCAGCACCUGCAUCCUAACGAUAGAAACUGAUGACUACUGAUGCUCUGCUUUUUCUGGAACUUUCCCUGUCUCUCACUCCUUUUGUAAAACUUCAUCCCUCAUGGUAGGGCCAAAAAGAGGAGGAAACAGCAUUAUGCUCUCCAUUCCUUCUCGGGAUACACACAACAUGAAAAGUGCAAUAUCGUGUUGUUUACGUAUUGCUCAUCAUUCAUCAAUAAAGCUGCACUCCCUUUCAGUAUUACGUUUAGGAUGAAAUCUGUGCCAAAUCACAUAUUGAUCCCCCGAGUGAUUGCUGUCACGAAUGAUGUUCAGAUUGAUUUUGUGAUCAUAACAUCACAUAUCAAGGCUGUUCCUGGAGGGCUGAAACGCUUCUGGUUUUCAUCCUCUCCUUCUAAUCAGGGACUAAUUCAGACUUGGGACACCAGGUGAGUGCAAUUAACUACUCGGUAGAAACAAAAAAACGGAAAUGUUUUGCAUUCCAGGACCGGAAUUGAAUAACACUGUCAUAAAUCAUAACAUCUUUGCAUCAGGGAAAGUCUCCCUUCAAAGGUAAAAUUUCAGAAAGUUCCAUUUGAGAAUAUGGUGCAACCCAAUUUAAAGCCUAAUGAAAUACCUGUAAAAUAGACACAGCAGUAUGCAUUGCACAGUUUAUUUGCAGAAUUGUUUACUAAUAAAAUAAUGAUCUAAUUAGGAUUUUUGUUUCUUUUCAUUUUUAAUAUUUGAAUAAUUAUCUGAAAGGUUUGGUUGUAAUGUACACUUAGAUUUUUCAUAUCCCAAAAGUAUUUUUCACAUUGAGUUAAAGUACAACUCUACAGGAAAUUGAUUAUAUAAUUGUCUUGGACACUGUUGUAUGGCUUGAAAUACAGUAUAGUGACAUGUU